AUGCAUUUGAUGGCCAAGGAAAUGCACGUGCUGAUCCAGCAGGUGCUCAACAGCAUCUUGCAAGUGCGCCUGCAAGUGAAUUGGCACCACUUUUGCGAGGAAAUCAAAAGCAUCGCUUCGAUCGAGGCCGUGCGUGACCUGCACCAAAAGUAUCUCACGAGCAUUGAGGUCUGCUUGUUUUCAGAGCAGAUGCACGAGAUGCUAGACUUGACCAUCGAGCUCAACGACCUGUUCCAAUCCUUCAUGCUUGCCUUCAAGUUACCACUCCCAGCACAGAAACACACGAGGGAUGACGUUUCAUGCUACAAUUACGGGACAACCACACCAAGCAAAAAUAUUUUUUCGCCGUCAAGCGUACCCAAAAGACUUGAGCAUUUGCGAUCUGAUUUUUAUAUGCUCGUGAUGAACUUUCUGAUUGUGGUCAAGCAGAGGCCUGAAGAGGACAUGCAGAAUCUCUAUGAGUUCAUAAACUUGAACAAUUUUUACAGAGUCUGAGAGUUUGCAAGGAGAGCUUUGUUUCAUGUUUUAAGUAACAAAUUCGUUUAUUUUAUCAUCGUAUUUUU